AUGACGACAAAUAAAACUUUUCGAGUUAUUUGGUCACCGCAUGAAGGGUCAAAUAGAUUCAUAGUAGGAUCGCCCGAUCUACGAAUGUAUGAAUAUGUCCCUGAAAGUUGUAGUGGAGAAUCACCGCUGUAUAAAAUUAUAGCAGUAAACUCAGACUUUCCUUUAUUAAAGUGUUUUGCUUGGUCGCCCGAUGCAUCAAAUCGCAAUCUAUUGGCUGUAGGUUUAUCCACUGGACGAACUGUUCUCCUCACUCUUAGUAAUGACGCUCUCCUCCAUCCUGCAGUUUCGCCAAUACACCAAGAAUAUCCAACUCUCAGUGUCAAAUUUCAGCGGCCGUGUGCUGUGGUAGCUUUUUCACAAAAAGAGCCUAAUCUUCUUGUCACUGGGCUCGAAAAACAACGGCACGAUCAUUGUUUGUUCAUAUGGGAUAUUACUCGUCAGACAUCUAAAGAACCACGCAUUAAUAAUCAAAGACGCGUUAAUAGUUCAACCAGAGCCUUAGAUGAGCCAUUGAAUAAAGGAGCGAGCACGAACGGAUUGAACGAAAGGAAUUCGAGUAAUGUUUAUGGUACAUCUACUCUACGGCACGUGAAUUUUCCUGGGGAUAGUGGAGCCUAUGAAACAGAGCUCUCAAGUAACUCUUACAACGCCGACGCAACCACAACUCCGUUGGUGUCAUAUGCAUCUGGCGAUGCGCUGGUUUCAUGUGAAUGGUUUCUGACGAAAUGUGAAAUAGUAGCUGGACUGGGAUCAAAAUAUCUGAGAAUUUAUGACCCACGAUUGGCUGAUCAACAUACGACUCCGUUAUCUUUACAAACAAAGGCAGUGAAUGGAGUUAGAGUGGAUCCGUUCAACGAAUAUCGCUUCACAUCAUUUGAGGAGAACAUUGUGUAUCUCUGGGACACUCGGAAACUAACGGAACCAAUAUCCUUUCAUUAA